CAAGCUCRAGAAAACCUCCACGACGGAGACUGCGAAAUUCUCAAAAUUCAGCGUUCGGCCUCACCGAAUUUUGUGGCUUUCUACGAUAAUGGAAUUUUUUCUUGAAGAAGGGAAGCAAAUUCACGAGCAAUGCUCCACUCUUGUUCUGCCAGCGUUGUCAAUUGGGAAUGUGGGGCAGUUAGCAGUAGAUCUGUUGGUUUCAUCAAUGAGAGCAGGGAGAAUUGGUUAUUUUGAUGAUCCUUAUGUUCUGCCCUGUGUUGGUAACAAUGCUUACGAGCCACUUCCUCAUGGGGAGCUUGCCCUCCCUCUUGAAGUUUAUGAGUCAACAUCUAAUGCGUUGACCCUUAUCCAGCAAAGGUCACCUGUGAUCAAGGGAAAAAUGGUAAAUUUUGCAAAGAACUUGGUUGAUUUUAUUGCAGCUUGUGGGAAGAAGCAUGUUGUUCUGCUUUCUAGUUUAGAUUUUGGAAGGUGGCAACAAAUUGAUACGUCAAGUGGUUCGCAGAUACAUUAUCUUUCUAGCACCAGCGAUGAUGGAACUGAUGACAACUGUGAAAAACUGGGAUGGAGAAGGGUGCAGGAAUAUGACCCAGMGCAGCCACGAUGGGAACAUCUUACCACUUUAACUAAAGCCAAGGCUACAGAGGAGAAUGACCUGCCUUUUGAUGAGGGGUUAGAGGAGGGAGACUACCUCCCAAGUCUACCAUUUGCCUCUCUCUUCACUUGUUUGAAGGCCAAAGGUGUAAAGGUCACCUGCUUAUUAUGCUAUUGUUCAGAAGGAGACAACAUACCUGAUGCUUUCCACUUGGCUGAGGCAACAGGCAAACUUCUCGGUCUGAGUCCUGGUGGCGAAGGUAUUAAGUGGCUUAUCCCCUUCUCUUGGAAGUCUGUUUAUGGACCACCACCAGAUGUCUCCAUAUUCUAGACAUGGAUGGAUAUAAUGAAUGAUCAACAACUACGACGAUCAACGCUUUGCCAAUUUUGAUAAUCUAAUGCCAGAAAGACCCAGUUGAGGAAGAUAUUGUUGUGUAAAGUAGAAUCAUGAAAAGGCACCUCUGAAUCCAUUCUGUUACAGUACAGGUGCAAGCUUCUCCCUGUUUGAUGAACUAUUUAACCUUAAUGCAUCUUGAAUGAGAACUUUUUUUUAUGUUGAAACAAACUGUGUUUGGUUUACCAUUCUGUAGUUUCAAAAUAGGAAUGGACACAGAUUGAGCCAUAUUCGAGGGAUAGUUGCAAAACUAGCAUAAUAGAGAUGAAAUCUUUAACUUUUUUAUAGCA